AUGAUAUCAAGUAAUCAAUAUUGGAGUCAUAUGUCAUCAUUUAAUUUUGAUGAUUUAUUUUUAUUCCCUGAUGAUAUAAUGGAAGAAAAGACAACUUCAUCAUUUGAAACUGAUCAAUAUCAAUUACAAACAUUAUCAAACAAUAAUUCAACACAAGAAUAUCAACUUUUAAAUCUUGAAUGUCGUGUUUGUGGUUCUCCAGCUCAUGGUUAUAAUUUUGAUCAAAUUACUUGUGAAUCAUGUAAAGCAUUUUUUCGUCGAAAUGCAUUACGAGAUAUGUCUCAGUUAAGAUGUCGUUAUUUGGGCUCAUGUAUUAUUAAUAAUAAUACACGUCGUCAAUGUGCAUAUUGUCGAUUAAAAAAAUGUUUUGAUAUUAAAAUGCGUAAAGAUUGGAUUCGUACUAAAGAAGAAAAACAAUUAAGACAAUUAAUAAAAUUAUCAAAAGAACAAAAGAAAAUAAAUAAUCUAACAAAUCAUCAACAAUCUCUUGUUAAUCUUCCAAUAAUUGUACGAAAGAAAAAAACAUUUUGA